CUGUGCUGUGUGUUUGUGCAUUAGAUCUCCCAGACUGACUUCUCUGCUAGUUGUAAGUUUGCAGCCUUCACCACCCCCUCCCUAGUGCCCCCGCCCCAUCCCUCGCCCCGUCACCUUCAAUACUGAAGUUCUGCAGCAAGUUGCUCCAGAUGGCAGACCAACCCCUUCCUACAGAGAUGACGACACAAGCGACAAAGGUGGAAAAGGAUUGAUAAAACCGGCCAGGAGCCCCAACCUGAAACUGGUCAUUCUGCUAUCUUAAGUGUUCUGUAUAGCUUUGUAACAAUUUUUGUUUAGAAACAAAAGAUUUUUUAAAAGGAAAGGAGAGUCGUCUGCGUAUUACCUUUAAACCCAGGUCAGAGUAGCUUUUUGGCCCGCUUGGCUUGGCUUUCUUCAACUCUCUUUUUUCCCGUCUUUGCAGUAGCUGUCCCUGCCAGUCUCCAGGUGCCCCUAGUUACAGGUCAGCUCUGCACUGGAGGGGAGGAGCCACUUGCCAGGGUCUGUUCCCAGCAUCACAGCCCCACACCCCUGAGACCCACUGUGCUGCCCUCCUGGGGACCAAAGAGGACCCUGCUCGUUCCGUGCCCUAUGCACGCCGUGUCCAACACCAUGGCUGGAGGACCCAAGAAAUGUUUGUCUUUGGUUGGAUUCAGUCUUCUCUGUCUUAAAAUGGUUGCUUCAGCAAAAACAGCUCUGGAAACACCCACUAUUGACCAGGCGUAUUCAAAACUCAGCAACAGCAUCACUGUGGAGUGGGCCUCGGUGCCGGGGGCCACCAGCUACCUCCUCACAGCCAAAGAUGGGGACACUGUCAUUGAAACCAUGGUGGCCAGCUCCCCAGGCACUGUGACAGGCCUGAAGGCUGCCACCUCGUACCAAAUCACGGUCAGAUCCAUCAGUGCCACGGGGAAAAGCCAGGCCUCCCCUCCGAAGCAGGCAAAGACAGUGUUGGCCGCACCAGCUCUAGAAGUAAGCUCCCCGAGUUCAGACUCCAUUCUCGUGCAGUGGGAAGCUGUGCGCAUGGCCGUGGGGUUCUCCGUGUCCAUCAUGCGAGCCAACGGCCUGGGCAGAGUGUGGAAGGAGAACACCACGAACACCACCUUGACAUUCACCGGCUUGGACCCCGGCACCCUCUACACCGUCAAGGCCUACGCGUGGAACGCCAACGGCGCCCCCGGGGACGACUCCACCUGCAACCAGAGAACAAGUCCUCGUGCCCCUGCCGACAUUGAAGUCUCUUUUGACAGCGGGGCUCUGCAGGCGUCUGUGUCAUGGGCCCCAACGGAAGGCGCUGUCAACUACACGGCGACAGCUUGGAGCGCCUCCUCCGAGCGGAGCUGCAGCACCCGGCUCAGAGCCUGCACCAUCUCCUCCCUCCAGUGUGGAACGGAGUACCUGGUUUCCGUCCUCGCCAGGAACGACGCCGGAUCCAGCAGGUCGACUUCAGCAGUGACCCUGAAAACCGUGGCUUGUGCUCCUGCAAGAGUGACGAUCCAGGAGGACCCCCCCGGCCACCUGUCUGUGUCUUGGUCCCGUGUAGACCUGGCCGAUUACUACGUGGCCUUUGUGAAGAGUGACGAUGGCUGGGAAGUUCACUGCGACACGUCCCUCACACAGUGCGGCUUCCCAUCUGAAUGUGGCUUCACCUACUUCAUCAGUGUUUUCGCCUAUAACCAGGCAGGGCAGAGUCCUCUGGGUGACGUGUUCAAUUACACCACAGCUCCCUGUUGUCCCAGUGACAUUAACCCUGUGCUGGUGUCCAGUGACAGAGUCGAGAUCGUCUGGUCCCCCGUCCGUGGUGCCGAACUGUAUGAAACCAAGGCCGUGGGCGGGGUCAAUGCGGUCGAGUGCAACGACACUGCUCCUGCUUGCACCCUCUCGGCUCUGGCGUGCGACACCCAGUACAACGUCACCGUGUAUUCCUUCAGCGAAGUCCGGGGCAGCAACACAUCCUGUGCCUCCCGAUUCAUAACCACGGCUCCUUGCAGUCCUGAAAUAAGUGUUUCAAUGGACGCCUCCUCCGUGAUCCAUGUGCACUGGAGAUCCAGUAACGAGGGCGCUACCUACACAGUGACCGCCCGGGGCGAGGACGGGCUGUACCGGUGCCGCAGCACCGGGCAGUCCUGCGCCCUGGCGGGCUUGCCCUGUGGCUCCGUGUUCUCCGUCACCGCAGUGGCCGAGACCCAGGCGGGACGCAGCCUGCCCAGCUACAGCGUGCCCCUGGAAACAGUGCCAUGCUGUCCAGCCAGCCUGACGAUAACCCAGGUCACCCAGUCAGUCAUCAACAUGAGCUGGACAGUUGGGACCGGGGCCCUAACCUACGUGAUGGUUCUGGAGUCACCCGCCGGACAGUCUAAGUGUCACACGCAUCAGAACCACUGCCUCCUGGGAUGCAUCACAUGUGGUGUCAACUACACAGUGGCCUUAAAGGCCAUAAGUGCCACUGGGGUGACCGCGGACUGCACCUACCACAGCUAUUCCUCUAGUGCCUGCUGCCCACUGGGGGUGAAGUUGUAUAGGCUGAGCCCCACUGGCGUCCGGAUCGACUGGCAGGCCUCCAGGGGCUCUGCCAACUACAGCACCGACCUCUACGGCUCCAAAGGCAUCUUCACGUGUUCUCCAAGUGCGGGCCUCAGUUUCUGUGACGUCACUGACAUACCCUGCGGGGACGUAUAUACCGUGAUGGUCUCGCCAGUGGCCGAGACAGGCCUGAAGCUCACUUUCUGCCCGAAAAAAAUAUAUUCAGUAACCUGCUCUGGAAGUACACUUGGAAUGGUGAUUUACAGGGGGAAGAGGAAUGCAGAAUGACAGAGCGAGCCAUGAUGACAACGGAGACUUGACCUAGUGAGUCAUUUGAAUUGCCGUGGUGUGACUCAGAGACAGGGUGUUUUGGUCUCUGUUUUUAAGAAUUCUUCGCAUGUCUUCUACAGGGUUGUCUCAGCUGUUAGCGUGACUAGAGAUGGAAACGAUCUAUUAGAAUUCACAGCGCAUCUAGGAUAGGACAAGCCGCACAGAAGAGCAUUUCUGACUCCACUUCCCGAGGCGAGGUCAGGCGUGUCCUCCCCUGCACAGACGUCAGGCUGUGCUGCGGAGAGGACUCCAGAGAGACGUGGAUCCAGGAAGUCCUCUGGAAGGCUGCCGGAGCCAGCCAGUGCACCCGGCGGGUCCUGGGCACGAGGACGGUCUGCUUAGCAGAUUCUUUCUGAGGUUUCAUGUCCAGACACACUACAGACUUCAGUGCAUCCCCUUCCCAAGUGUUUCAUCGACACCAGCCCUGGCCACGCAGCCCUUUAACCACUCACAGUCUGGAACUGUCCACUCUCAGAGAAGGCGACAUCAAGCCACCACACAGAUACCGCUCAUCCCCAAACCAACCACCAGGACUUCAGCACAGGGCGGCUAGCAGCAGCUGCAGGAACAAACACCCUCCUCUCAAGUCUGGAAGAAGCCGAGAUGCUUGCAGGGUUCCCCUAGCCAAAGCCUCAGGCGCCAUGGCCUCCGCUGGGGCACCUGGGAAAGCAGCUUGUCAGCCUGCGGCUCAAAGGAGCAUAGCCGGUGCUUCUGAGUGUGCAGAGGCUUGGGGUGGAGAGACAGCCCGGGGCAGACUGGCAUCCGUGCAUCUUUGGGUGGGUGCGGGGAGGAGAACCACCGACCUUGCUGGCUGUAACCCCCACUCACACUGUAACUUUUUUUUCAUUUUUGAAGAAGGAAGGCAAUGAUUAUAUAUAAUAAAAAUGGUUGUACCUAGAAAAAUGUGUGUCCUUCAAAUGCCAGUAACCUUAUUAUAAAAGAGUACAAGUAGGACGUGUGUAACACACACACACACACACACACAACUACAGUGCUCACUCCCCCAAAGCAUAGCUGUGGAGCCAGGAACUGCAUUAGGAACAACUGCAGAAUUCUGCCUGGAGGGAUAGGAGCGAGAAGUUGGGUCCCAGUCAAACUGGGAAGGAGGACAAACCUCCUUUUUUCUGUCCCUUUGCCCUUUCUGUAAGACUGAUGAGAGAUGCGUG